AUUUAUCUAUCAUUUCGAUAGGCAGCACUCGUCAAUCACUGUCAAAAACAGCGUAGCAGCCACCAAGAAAUUUUUGAUAAGACGACAUACGCAUAGACUAUAUGAAGAGUUCAAAUUUUUUUCGGAAUAAUAAAAACUGUCUCGAACUCUCACGAUUAGGCUAAGCAAGCGCAACUAGUGAACGUAACGCGUGUGCGCAUGCGCGAAUGGAUUGGCGCGCUCAGAAUUAGCCAGCCGUAUGAGAAAGUGUGUCGAGUAGACAAGAAAUAACGCGAAGAAACGAGUCUUUGCGCAAUCCUCAUUUUCGCGGACACUACUAGUAAUUAUUUCCAGAAGUGCGUGAAACCCAGUAAUCCUAAUAACCUUGAGAAAUCUUUGUGGUGAAUCGGUCGUGGUGAUUCCUCUAGUUAUUUGCUUGAUUGCAAGACGCCUCGUUGGGUUCUGACUCAACGAGAACAGAUUGUGAAUUAACUGACGUAAUCAAAUGCUCAACAGAUACGCGAACGUGUCACCAUACAAAGAGUUUGUAUAACGAGUUAUUUUUGACAGGAAGAAAGAAUUCACUAGUUGGGACAUUCAGAAUGAACCUUAAAAAUUAUACACUGACAGUACUGUAUUGGCAAACGCGUGUAAAUGAUCAGAACGGAAACGUAUCUGUCCUCUCGGUUGCUACUCUUGUGCGAAACUAAAGAAACUCAGCAGAUCUUUUCACUUGGGUCCUUAUCGACGCGAGAGACACCAGAUUGGUCAAAUUAAAACGUUAUCAGAACUCGGAAUAUAUUCGCUUAAGAAAGACGCUUACUAAACCGACUUUAAACAACGAGAAAGAACUGGAAAGAACUGAUUUGGAUUCAAGAGCAGCAGGACGCUUUUUGAACUUGCUCUAUUAAGGAUGUUGGCCCUACCGCAGAAAAAAUACUACAGGCAGCGGGCACACUCCAAUCCUAUUGCUGACCACUGUAUAGACUAUCCUUCUUCGCCAGAUGAAAUGGACUGGAGCUCCUUGUAUCCAGAGUUUUUUUUAACAACAGAAAGUCAAAAUGAAGAUGUGUCUACAAAGAAAGUAGAAUUUGCUGACGUAGGGUGUGGUUAUGGAGGGCUUUUAGUUACACUCUCUUCUAUGUUUCCUGAUCAUUUGAUUGUUGGGAUGGAAAUCAGAGUGAAGGUGUCUGACUAUGUUAUGGAUCGCAUUGCAGCAUUGCGUUCACAAUAUCCAGGCCAGUAUCAAAAUAUAGCUUGUUUAAGGACUAAUGCUAUGAAGUAUCUACCUAAUUACUUUCAUAAAGGACAGUUGAAAAAGAUGUUCUUCCUGUACCCAGACCCACAUUUCAAAAAAGCAAAGCAUAAAUGGCGCAUAAUUAAUAAAUCUCUAUUGGCUGAAUACGCUUAUGUAUUAGCAUUGGAUGCUGUGGUAUACACAGUUACCGAUGUAAAGGAUCUACAUGAAUGGAUGGUACAACAUUUCGAAGAACAUCCAUUAUUCGAAAGAGUUCCAGAGUCGCAGUUGAGUACAGAUCCCAUUGUAGAAAAAUUAUAUGAGAGUACGGAGGAAGGUCAAAAAGUGACAAGAAAUAAAGGUGACAAGUUCCUGGCCGUUUUUCGACGGAUUCCAGAUCGCUACAUACAACAAAUUAGUUAAUCUUAUUUUUUAAUAAAAUUUUUAAAUAAAGGUUUUCAUUCAUUGACUUUGUCAAAA